UCCCUUGGCGCCGCGGCCAUGGCGGCCAGCGCGAAGCGGAAGCAGGAGGAGAAGCACCUGAAGAUGCUGCGGGACAUGACCGGCCUCCCGCACAACCGAAAGUGCUUCGACUGCGACCAGCGCGGCCCCACCUACGUUAAUAUGACGGUCGGCUCCUUCGUGUGUACCUCUUGCUCAGGCAGCCUGCGAGGAUUAAAUCCACCACACAGGGUGAAAUCUAUCUCCAUGACAACAUUCACACAACAGGAAAUAGAAUUCUUACAAAAACAUGGAAAUGAAGUCUGUAAACAGAUUUGGCUAGGAUUAUUUGAUGAUAGAUCUUCAGCAAUUCCAGACUUCAGGGAUCCACAAAAAGUGAAAGAGUUUCUACAAGAAAAGUAUGAAAAGAAAAGAUGGUAUGUCCCACCAGAACAAGCCAAAGUCGUGGCAUCAGUUCAUGCAUCUAUUUCAGGGUCCUCUGCCAGUAGCACAAGCAGCACACCUGAGGUCAAACCACUGAAAUCUCUUUUAGGGGAUUCUGCACCAACACUGCACUUAAAUAAGGGCACACCUAGUCAGUCCCCAGUUGUAGGUCGUUCUCAAGGGCAGCAGCAAGAGAAGAAGCAAUUUGACCUUUUAAGUGAUCUCGGCUCAGACAUCUUUGCUGCUCCAGCUCCUCAGUCAACAGCUACAGCCAAUUUUGCUAACUUUGCACAUUUCAACAGUCAUGCAGCUCAGAAUUCUGCAAAUGCAGAUUUUGCAAACUUUGAUGCAUUUGGACAGUCUAGUGGUUCGAGUAAUUUUGGAGGUUUCCCCACAGCAAGUCACUCUCCUUUUCAGCCCCAAACUACAGCAUUUAGAAUGCUUUCAUCUAGCUGCAGUUUUGGUGAAUUUACUUCAGCUUUUCCUCUUCAGGCUACCCACAGUGGAAGUGCUGCAUCAGUAAAUGCUAAUUUUGCUCAUUUUGAUAACUUCCCCAAAUCCUCCAGUGCUGAUUUUGGAACCUUCAAUACUUCCCAGAGUCAUCAAACAGCAUCAGCUGUUAGUAAAGUUUCAACGAACAAAGCUGGUUUACAGACUGCAGACAAAUAUGCAGCACUUGCUAAUUUAGACAAUAUCUUCAGUGCCGGGCAAGGUGGUGAUCAGGGAAGUGGCUUUGGGACCACAGGUAAAGCUCCUGUUGGUUCUGUGGUUUCAGUUCCCAGUCAGUCAAGUGCAUCUUCAGACAAGUAUGCAGCUCUGGCAGAACUAGACAGCGUUUUCAGUUCUGCAGCCACCUCCAGUAAUGCGUAUACUUCCACAAGUAAUGCUAGCAGCAAUGUUUUUGGAACAGUGCCAGUGGGUGCUUCUGCACAGACACAGCCUGCUUCAUCAAGUGUGCCUGCUCCAUUUGGAGCUACGCCUUCCACAAAUCCAUUUGUUGCUGCUGCUGGUCCUUCUGUGGCAUCUUCUACAAAUCCAUUUCAGACCAAUGCCAGAGGAGCAACAGGCCUUUCUGGAGCAAUGCAUUCUCAAGUGUUUCCUCACGCUCAUUUUGCGGCAACCUUUGGCACUGCAUCCAUGAGCAUGCCCACGGGAUUCGGCACUCCUGCUCCCUAUAGUCUUCCCACCAGCUUUAGUGGCAGCUUCCAGCAGCCUGCCUUUCCAGCCCAAGCAGCUUUCCCUCAACAGACAGCUUUUUCUCAACAGCCCAAUGGUGCAGGUUUUGCAGCAUUUGGACAAACAAAGCCAGUGGUAACCCCUUUUGGUCAAGUUGCAGCUGCUGGAGUAUCUAGUAAUCCUUUUAUGACUGGUGCACCAACAGGACAAUUUCCAACAGGAAGCUCAUCAACCAAUCCUUUCUUAUAGCCUUACAUAGACAAUUUACUGGAACGAACUUUUAUGUGGUCACAUUACAUCUCUCCACCUCUUGCACUGUUGUCUUGUUUCACUGAUCUUAGCUUUAAACACAAGAGAAGUCUUUAAAAAGCCUGCAUUGUGUAUUAAACACCAGGUAAUAUGUGCAAAACCGAGGGCUCCAGUAACACCUUUUAACCUGUGAAUUGGCAGAAAAGGGUAGCAGUAUCAUGUAUAUUAAAAUUGGCUAAUAUUAAGUUAUUGCAGAUACCACAUUCAUUAUGCUGCAGUACUGUACAUAUUUUUCUUAGAAAUUAGCUAUUUGUGCAUAUCAGUAUUUGUAACUUUAACACAUUGUUAUGUGAGAAAUGUUACUGGGGAAAUAGAUCAGCCACUUUUAAGGUGCUGUCAUAUAUCUUGGAACGAAUGACCUGAAAUCAUUUUAACCAUUGCUACUGGAAAGUUACAGAGUCAAAAUUGGAAGGUUUUAUUCAUUCUUGAAUUUUUCCUUUCUAAAGAGCUCUUCUAUUUAUACAUGCCUAAAUUCUUAUAAAAUGUAGAGGGAUACCUGUCUGCAUAAUAAAGCUGAUCAUGUUUUGCUACAGUUUGCAGGUGAAAAAAAUAAAUAUUAUAAAAUAUGCUAUUGUUUUUGUGUUCUUGCUGCAAUGCCUUUACCAAAGUGGCCUUAAAUAUGAGUAGUGAAUUGAGAACAUCUUGAAUUCUUAAAAGACUUCUUAGUGACUUUUUAUAAAAAGGCCAUGUAGAAAAUUUAUUAAAACUACUGUGACUGCUACAUUCAGGAAUAUGCCAGUGGUAAAGCAUUUAAAUGUAGCUUGUCAGAUUUACCAUAAUCCUACUAAUUUCUUUGCAGCUUAUUAAUUUUGUGAAAUUUGUAUAUAUGAAGAAUUUGCAUGUAUGUGUAUUUACAAAUUUUUCUAAGUAUCUUGAAUUCUCAGACUGCAAAAGGCCUAUUUUAACUAUUGAUUUUUUAAAAAAAAAAUUUGUCUUUGAAUGUAUUGGAAGUAGACAUGCAUUAACUGUGACAUUAUUGCACCUCAGUUUUUUUCUUUCUUUUUUUGGGCAAACUGAUAUUGUCUAUAGGAUAUUUGCUUAUGUUUGUUUUUUGGCGGAAAGAAACUGGAACUCAGUGUUACCUUAAAGUGAUGGAAUACUUUGUUUUAAAGGAAAAGAUAAUAAGUUUAGUUAUAUCUUUUUGUUAAUAUUCAAAUGAACUCGUUUAAGUAUCUAUGUACAGUAAUGCCUCAUUCAUCUAUAGGUAAUCUGGCAGUCUUGUGAAAACCGAACACAACUCAGAAACUUGGAAUCGUUUUUUUAAAAAAUGCCUCUGAGCAACCCAUAUAAGUCACAAAGUCUGUGUGUUAGAGCUUAUGCAUUUGUUUUUAUGAGAGAUUUUAAUAAAUUUAAUUAUUUGCUUGUCCAGACUAUAGCAUAUUAGCUGUUUAGAAGGGAUGGCUUGAAAGGAAGGAGACUGAAAAAAACUCUGAGGAGCAUACACUGUCCAAGGCCAUUAGUGUAAGGACCGCUAGCCGGCCUAGAGGACAUCACUAUGCUACAUCAUCUGAUGAUCGUUCUUUAUUAUGCCUCUAGGUAAUUAAGUAAAGGUGAAAUUGCAUACACAGAUAUGUAGUACAUAUUUUAAAAGUUUUAUCUUAAAUUGAUUAAAACUUUUUAAAAAGCUUUGGUAUUAAAAGAGGUAAACAUCAGUUUCCUCAAACAUUUUAUUCAUGUUGAAUGCCUUUUUGCAAUGAUGACUGAGUUGUUAUCAUAGUAUUUUAAAACCUGUAUAGUGUUUUAGACUUGUUAAAACAUUGCUGUCUAGUGUACAUCUAGCUAAAAGUGUGGUUUAUCUAAACCGUUUUAAUAAGCAAGAUGACUGGGAAAUCUCUGCCCCUUUUCUGAGCAGUAUGCCUCUUCUUUUAGAAUUAAAUGAAUGCUGCACAGGUCCAGAUGUGUGUUGAUGUAGACUUGCAAUGUCUCCACAUUUUGGAGGACUUCCUCAGCCCUUUUCAUAAUAUAUUUGAAUUUCUGUUUUAGAUUGUAUCGGGUCCCAGUUGAUUCAUGUGUACAAAGUUAUGCUACCUAAUUACAGGCCAUUACCCAAAUAUCCUACCAGGCUUUCCAUCUGAGUAGUAAAUUAAACAGUUGUUAUCAAAAUAA